AAGUAAGGGACUUAAUUGAGGAAAAAUUUUAUUUUGGGGCUUAAUCGUAAAAUUUUAAAAAGUUGAGGGGCCAAAAAGAAAGGAAAUUAGGAUAAGGAUGAAUUGCUUUUUCUUUGUCUUUUUCUUCUUUCUUUCUUCCUCCUCAGAUCCGCGUGCCCUGCUCUUCCUCUUUCCCCUGACCCUUUGCACCCGACGAGCCUUGUUACCGCCCCCCUUUUUCCGGCCGGAAAUCCUGCAAAGCUUGGGGAUUUCUCCUUAUUUUCUUGUUUUAAAACACCUGUUGAACCCAGAAAUCUCCCUCCCCUGCUGGAAAAUCCGGAUCUGCCCUGCUUUGCUCUGCCCUUCCGCCGGCUGCUCCUACCUUGUGGGGGUGAUUUGCUCCGAUUUUGGCCGUGAGCUUUCUUCUUCCAUGCCGCCGGCAACUUCCCCAACCUGCAGUCCGGUUUCUUUGCUUGCAAAUUCUGGUAUGUGGCAGCCUCUUUAAGCCUAAAUUUAGCCAUUUAUGUGCUGCCUCUGUUGUCCGUGAAUUGCUGGAAAAAUGGGGGAUAAUUCCGGUAGCUUUAGGAUGAGAUUUAAGUAUUAAUUCAAGUGGGAAUUAUGU